AUGCAGUCAGUCAGCAAGCAGCGGCUCAAGUCGAACACGCUUGGACUCCCCGAGCUUGCUCGCCUGGAGGACAUCUUUGUUCGGAGCUUUGAAGAAGCGGUGGAGAAGGGAGUGCCCGACGAUGCGGCAGGGUUGAAGCGGCUGCGGACGGACGUUGAGUCAAUCUUGACAGAAGCGAAUAAGCGAUCAAAGUUGUUAGCCAUGGAACUCACGAAGAUCUACGACAUGGUUGAAGAUCCGCCUGAAAUUGAAACGAUCGACGAUGAGGUCUUGCUUCAAGCGUGGAAGGAUAAGACGAUCGCGGAGAUCAACGAAGUGGAGGAGCUGGAGAAGAAUCACAGAGAAGUCUCAACCGUUCAAGUCUCUUCCACCCCGAAGGCUUCAGCCGUGCGGAGAGACGUAGGAUCUAAAGGAGUGCCGAGAUCGCAGCGAAGGAACAUGAUACCGUGA